UCCUUUGUUUUGUUUCUCUGGCAACCUUCAACCCUCCAUCACCCGGCGCCGCUCUCCCUCCACCCUCUCUUAUCUUACCCCUGUUUUUGUAGGCUUUCCCGUGCCUGGGCCUACCUGACAGGGGCGCCGCAAGCCAGGCAGGUCCGGGACGUGUUGUGGCGCGGGUGGUUGUGGUGAAUCAAGGCGAGCAGGAUGGCACCCCCCCGCCCCUCCCGGUACAGCUGGUGGCCUCUGAAGGUGGUGGAUGGGGUGAGUGUGGCCCUGACAGCUCCUCUCAUCCACACCCUGUCCAUGGCCGGCUCCUGCUACUGCCUCACCACCUUCGACAGCACCUCCUUUCUCAUGCUCUUCUUCAGGUUCGCAGUAGUCGGCCCAGUGCUGGUUCUGCUGGGCCUGGUGUCGCUGCUUCCUGGGGUGGUGGGCUGGCUGAUGUGGGUGGCUCUUAACACGCAGGCCAGCCAUCUAAUUCAGCCAUUUUACUAUCACCAGUCUCGCCACAGCCACACACACCCCCCAUCCACCACACACCCCCGUCGAGUCACUGUCUGCUCCGCCAAUGUGCUCCUCUGCCCUGAAGUGGUCUCGCGGUUCAAUAAUUGUCCUAAUGUGUUGUGGCGCACGAAGGAGAUCGGGUCGCGCCUUCUGCGGCAAGACUGUGGCCUCAACCUACACCUCAACCUUAAGCCCCCAGUCAGCAGGGAAGACGUGGUAGUGACGCAGCUUCCGGAGGUGGACGUGUUUCUGCUGCAGGAGGUGGUGGAGCGGUGGCAGGGGCGGGAGAUGGUGGGGCUGCUGGGGGCGCGGUACCCUCACUGCCUCUAUGAUGUGGGUGUUCACUGUUCAAAAAGUAACAAGUUCUUCUGUGGAAGCGGGCUGUUCUUGGCAUCGAAGUACCCAAUAUUGGAUGCAGAGUUUCACCCCUACACACACUUCUCUCACUACGGCUGUCUGGUGGGCCUCGGCGUGCUGCUGGCCAAGCUUGACUUGGGUGGAAUGGUGAGAGGCGGCAAGGAGGUGAGGGCUGUGGGCUACGUCGCUAACACACACACGCAGGCAUACCAAGGCAACGACAAUAUCAUUAGCCGUCAACUUAGCGAGGCGUCAGAGCGGUUCCAACACUACAUACAGCAGACUCUGGACAAGCGCCGCGAAGUCCUCUUGUUUGGUGUGCUAGGCGGCGAUUUUAAUGCUGAUAAUAUUUCUGAAGGAGACGAGGCGGUACAGAAACACCCCUUGUGGUCUCAGUUUGUGGACCCGUGCCAGUGUGGGCCGGGGGUGGACCAAGCGUGGGCCAUAGGUACGGAACACAGGCAGAAACAGCUUCAUCACCUAGCAAUUCGUCACCCGUCAACUUUCCGGUCCAUUCUUGUUGGAUGAUGUAACGCGCAGACACUUCAUCCUGGACGCUGAUGUGAAGACACAAACACUGGAAUUAAUGAGAGUUCGGCCGCGGGUGGACAGCGCGGGCCGUGUGGUAGCGACGCCCGAAGGUGGGAGGCGCCGAAUCGACCGUCUGGCAGCGCUGCGUGGCGGGAAGAUGUCUCCUGCUA